CUCCAACUUUUAUCGCCUCUUUUUGUUUCCCAAAAACAAAAUAGUUUACCUUUUUUAGGUUUCUUCUACAGUCUCAACGCGUUUCUUCUUCCCUUCCCUCUGAACGCGUUUCAUCAGUUUCUAGAUAUCUAAGGGGGUAAUGGGUCCUCAAAGCGUUUCUCAUUUUCAUUUCUCAAAACUGAGAUUUUAGAAUAUCACGCUUGAUUUUGGAUAAAACUCUCACCUUUUGGGUUCGUAAGAAUGUCACUCGUUAUAAUUUCGAUGGUGGUGUCAAUAUCACGUUUGUAGCUGUUGGGAAUGAGCCAUUCCUCAAGUCGUACAAUGGAUCGUUCAUAAACCUCACAUUCCCUGCACUUCAAAACAUCCAAAAUGCUUUAAAUGAAGCCGGACUAGGAAACUCCGUCAAAGCAACAGUCCCUUUGAACGCGGAUGUAUACGACUCACCUGCAAGCAACCCCGUUCCAUCUGCAGGAAGAUUCCGUCCUGACAUCAUUGGUCAAAUGACUCAGAUUGUUGACUUCCUUGGCAAGAACAAUGCUCCCAUCACAAUCAACAUCUACCCUUUCUUAAGUCUCUAUGGGAAUGAUGAUUUCCCACUCAAUUACGCCUUCUUCGAUGGAGCUCAGCCGAUAAAUGACAACGGUGUUGAUUACACAAACGUCUUUGAUGCCAAUUUCGACACUUUGGUAUCGUCUUUGAAAGCUGUUGGUCACGGAGAUAUGCCGAUAAUCGUUGGAGAAGUCGGUUGGCCAACAGAGGGUGACAAACACGCUAAUUCCGGCAAUGCCUACAGAUUCUACAACGGGCUUUUACCGAGGCUUGGAACAAACAAAGGCACUCCAUUGAGGCCCACCUACAUUGAGGUAUACUUGUUCGGAUUACUUGAUGAGGAUGCGAAAAGUAUAGCACCUGGAGAGUUUGAACGCCAUUGGGGAAUAUUUAAAUUCGAUGGGCAACCAAAGUUUCCAAUAGAUCUGUCGGGUCAAGGACAGAAUAAGUUCUUGAUUGGUGCACAAAACGUGCCAUAUCUACCAAACAAGUGGUGUGUGUUUAAUCCAGAAGCCAAAGAUUUGACUAAACUCGCGGCUAACAUAGAUUUCGCCUGCACUUUCUCCGAUUGCACGGCGCUUGGUUAUGGAUCUUCCUGCAAUAGUCUUGAUGCAAAUGGGAAUGCCUCAUACGCGUUUAACAUGUACUUUCAAGUCAAGAAUCAGGACGAGAGUGCUUGUUUCUUCCAAGGUUUGGCCACCAUUACAACGCAGAAUAUAUCUCAAGGACAAUGCAGUUUCCCUAUUCAGAUUGUCGCUUCCUCAGCCUCUUCUUUUUCUUCUUUGUCUUAUUCUUUGUUUUUUUUAACCGUUUGGUUUCUAUUGUCAGGGAUGAUGUUUUGAGGUUAUAUUGAGUUCGUUGAACUUAGUGAGACUUUUGUGGCCUUAGUUUAUUACUGAUUUAUAUAUAUACUAGUAUUUGACCGGUGCAUAUGCACAAA